GAGAGAGAUUGAGAGAGAGGGGAGGGGGGAGGUAAGGAGGGUGGGAGAGAGCUAGUCAGCAACAUGUAGGCAGGCUGAGUAAAGAGAGGUCGAGACUGUGUGUGCGUACAAAUUUUUUUGUACGUUUUUUUUUCUUUUUCUUUUUUUUUUCUUUUUACCUCAGUAACAUACUGGGUGGAAACGUCGUGGAAAUGGGCAGCAGUGGAAUGGAUAUACAAGUGACGAAGUGCCGCAGGGAGAGCAGAGCGUCUGGAUCCUGAAAAACAAAAAAUGAAUGGCACAGUGUGGCCCACACACACCACAGAUAACUAGUAGAUGUCAUCAGGGACAGUUCUAUUAUACUCGACAUCCCCAUGAUCGACUGCAGCCUUGGAGAUUGCAGUCAUGUGGCCUGAUGUGGUCUCGUUCCUGCAUAAAACCCUACCCACCCAAGUGACUCUUUGGCUGUGUCAUGGCGGCAAGGCCUGCCCUUUCGUUCUUAUUGGCUGUGCUGGCGUGCACUGGGCCGGCCCAGCCCUCACCCCCACUGCUGCUCCGCCCCCGGGAGAGAGAGAGGGACUCUGGAGGGGCUUCGGGCGGAGUCAACAUCGCUGUAGUCCACUCCGGCUCCUCCCACCUCCCGGAAACGAGUGCCGGGGUGGGGGGUGUGGGCGGUGCCUCUUCGACAGGGUCCGGCUCUGGUGCCGGGCCAAGCAGCAGCAACUCGGGGACAGGUUUUCUGAGUCGGGCCUGGUCAGGACAAGUGGGAGAGAGCGUGAUGACGCCAUGGGGACCCGCGAACGUGAUCUGGCUGGCCGUGAACGAGAGCAGUCCUGGGAGCCUCUUGCUACAGUUGUGUGAGUUACUGGCUACCACUCCACUACAAGGCCUUGUGUUUGAGGAAGAGAAGCCGCCACCGCCCAACCGGGCACCAUUAGCACCUAUGCUGGAAUUUGUCUCGGCCCAAACAGGAGUGCCUGUGAUUGCCGUUGGUGGAGGGGCUGGCUUGGGGAGGGAGCCACAGGAGAGCGGCUCUGUCUACUUGCAGUUCUUGUGCUCCACUGGCCUGCAGCUGGAUGUCAUUUUUGAAGUUCUGGAGGAGUUUGAUUGGACGGUGUUUUCUGUGGUUACCACACGCCACCACGGCUAUGAGGACUUCCUGGCCAUGGUAGAAGGCAUGAUAGAUGGCUCCUUCAUCGGCUGGGAGAGAAAGAGCGUGGUGAUGCUCAACCUGACUGAUGACCCGGGUGGGGUUCGUACACGCAGGCUGCUCAAAGAGAAUGAAGCACAGGUGCGGCUCCUAUAUUGCUCACAGGAAGAGGCGGAGCACAUUUUUAAAGCUGCAUGGGCAUCCGGGCAGGCUACUCCUUCACAUAUGUGGUUUGCGGUGGGCCCGGCUCUGUCUGGACUUGGUCUUGAGGGUCUGCCCAAGGCUGUUUUCACUGUGCGACCCCAGGGAUGGAGGGACGAGCCACGACGGCGAAUUGCAAAGGGUGUGUCGGUAUUGACGCACGGUGCUAUGGCUUUACGUAGGGAGUAUGGUGGGGCCCGAGGGACGAGCUACGCUGGAAACUGUAUGAUGGAUGGAAAUCAAACACAGAGGGUGCCGGAUAGGAUCAGGUUUUUCAGUAACAUAACUCUAUCUGGACGGGACUAUUCCUUUAAUAAUGAUGGUUAUCUGGCAAAUCCACUCCUGGAUGUUAUCUCCUACACUGCAGGAAGAGGCUGGGAGGAGGUAGGUUGGUGGGAAAAUGGAGUUCUACGUCUGCGUUAUCCUCCCUGGUCCCGUUACGGCCUGUUCCUCAAACCUCUGGAUGACUCCCAGCACCUGCGUGUGGUUACUCUGGAGGAGAGGCCGUUUGUCAUUGUAGAGCCUGCUGAUCCUGGAACAGGCUCUUGUAUCAGAGACUCUGUGCCAUGCCGUCUGCCACUCAACAACAGCAUGGUUGUUGAGGUCAUUCACUCCACGAAGCACUGCUGCAAAGGCUUCUGUAUUGAUGUUCUCAAGCGCCUGGCUAAAAUAGUAGGCUUCACCUAUGACCUCUAUCUGGUGACCAAUGGCAGGCAUGGAAAGAACAUAGAUGGAGAGUGGAAUGGAAUGGUCGGGGAGGUGGUGUCCAAGCGGGCUGACAUGGCAAUCGGCUCCUUGACUAUUAAUGAAGAGAGGUCAGAGGUUGUGGAGUUCUCUGUUCCAUUUGUGGAGACUGGCAUCAGUGUCAUGGUCUCUCGCAGCAAUGGCACAGUGUCACCAUCUGCUUUCCUAGAGCCGUACAGCCCAGCUGUGUGGGUGAUGAUGUUCGUCAUGUGCCUGUCUGUGGUAGCAGUGACCGUCUUCAUAUUCGAAUUCUUCAGCCCUGUUGGAUAUAACCGAAGCUUACAGAGUGGAAAGAAGGCAGGAGGUUCUAAGUUCACCAUAGGGAAGUCUAUUUGGCUGCUGUGGGCUCUGGUGUUUAAUAACUCUGUUCCGGUGGAAAACCCAAGAGGCACCACCAGUAAGAUAAUGGUGCUGGUCUGGGCUUUCUUUGCGGUCAUCUUCCUAGCCAGCUACACUGCUAACCUGGCUGCUUUCAUGAUCCAAGAAGAGUACAUUGACACUGUGUCUGGCCUCAGUGAUAAGAAGUUUCAGCAGCCAACAGAGCAGUAUCCUCCCUUACGCUUUGGCACUGUCCCAAAUGGGAGUACGGAGGAGAAUAUACGGAGCAAUUACCCCAACAUGCAUCAGUACAUGGUGCGGAACAAUCAGAGAGGUGUGGAAGAGGCCAUCGACAACCUUAAAACUGGUGCUAUGUCACUGAAAGGACAAAACAUUCAGCGGGCAUUACUACUUCCACAGGAUGCGAUGUCUUCAACUGGAUUUGUGUGGGACUUGUGGUAUUGAUAUAUCUCGUUUUAUGUACUGCAGUCAAACUUAGAUUUGACAUUUAUUCAUCUAGCUCUCGCUCUAGCUGUCUCUAGACAAGGCAAGGUAAGUUUAUUUAUAAAGCACAUUUCAUACACAAUAUUAAUUCAAAGUGCUUUACAUAAAAUAAUGUUUUGUUACAAGAUCCAAGAUAGCGACACGGUUGGACACAGCGGCUACUCCAUAGGCAUGUGACAGUGACACAUCCCUCCUGGAUGCACUCAACCACUUUUAUUCAUGGUUUGAAAUGCAGAAUGACACACCUGCACAAAAACUGCCCAUACCUCCCAAAGACCAGGUGCUCUGUCUGUCUCCAGUUGACGUAAGGAAGACCCUAUCUAGGAUUAACCCGGGCAAGGCUGCAGGUCCUGACAAGUUACCUGGCCGUGUACAGAAAGACUGUGCUGCACAGCUAAAAGAUGUCCUAGCAGAUAUCUUCAACACCUCGCUGAGCCAGGCAGUCAUCCGCCAUCCAGUUAAACAUAAAUUGUAAUAAUUGAUCACACCUUUGUUUUGGCGUCCCUGGGAAGGCCAAACAAAGGUGAUUGAACUCCAAGAUGAAAAUAACAGCAUUUCAACGACACGGCGACAAAUACACUCUACAAACACAACUCUUUCUCUUCUCUGUUGGAGCGCAACAACACCACGCCCCCUACACUGCCACUCUGAGAGGCUUUUUUUAUACCCAAUC